GCUCGGGCUUCCUGUGCAGUCAGCCCAUGUGAGUUAUCGUUGGAGUUGCCUAUGUAGUGCUAGAGAUGGCCGAUUUUGGGGUAACCAGGCUUGGGUCCUGCAUGGAAGUGCUUGAAGCUGUCACUGCGCAACCCGAGCAGUUCCUAAGUGUGCAAGAGGGUUUGGCAUCUGAAUUCACCCGAUUAACAAAGGUACUGUAUGAUUUGCACAAGUCUGAUCAUGCUCUUCAGGAAGGAAGCCCUCUGAUAGAACUGGUGGUUGAGAAUUUUGAUGAAGAACAAAUCUGGCAGCAGCUAGAACUUCAAAAUAGUGCUGUUUUAGACUACUUCAAGAAAACUGUUAGUAAGACCAUAAAGGAAAAAGACUUGUUUCUUGUGCAGCCGACUGAGGUGGAGUUAUCUGAUGAAGAUCUUUCAGACGAACUUCAGACAAAUACUGAAAGUGAAGAUGAAGAAAGAAAAGAGAAGGACCACAAAAUCAAUGGCAUUAUUAAACAUGCCAAAAAAACAAAUGUGGAGAUGUUUAGUGAUGAUGAAAAUUCAGACAUUGAUUUUGAUAUUGAUAAACAAGAGAAGCAAAGUAAGCAGAAUCUGAAUAAAAAAACAGCAAAAAAACCUUCUGAAAAGUCCAUAGUGGAUGACAGGUUUUUUAAGUUGUCAGAGAUGGAGGCAUUUUUGGAAGCAGUAGAGAAAGAAGAUGGUAAUGAGGAUGAAGAUGAUGAAGAAGUAGAUUAUUUUGAGGAUAUCGAGUCUGAUGAUGAAGAUGAGGAAGAAUUUCAAAUAGAAAAUCCCAAAAGAAAGGCACCUUUAAGUUCGAGAGACCUUCAGUAUAAAGACUUCUUUGAUUCUGUGGAUGAAGAUGAUCAGGGAGAGAGUCAGUCAAAUGAAGAAAGAGAGAGGGAACUUUUAGAUGGGGAUCAUUUAGCAGAAGUUGACCCUGAAGAAGAUGAUGAUGAAGAGGAAGGAGAUAUUGAAGAAAUGAUUUCCGAUGAUGAGGAAGAUGAUGAAACAAUGGAAGAAACCAAAGAGAGUAAAAAAGCUAAGGAAGCCUUCAAGCGGGUGACGUUUGCCCUGUCGGAUGACAGUGAAGGGGAAGAUAUUGGUGAUAUUCUGGGAAAUAAAAAGCAAAAGCUACCUGAGCCAAGUGAACCCAAAUCCUCCUUUGAGAAAAGGGAACAGAAGAUGACUGAGAAAAUUGAGACUCUUCAAAAGCAAAUGUUAGAUCAGAAAUCUUGGCAGCUAAGUGGUGAGAUAACGGCACAGAAGCGACCAGAAAACAGUCUUCUGUCAGAAACGUUAGUUUUUGACCACGCAGCCAGAAUGGCACCUGUAAUCACUGAAGAAACCACAGUGCAGCUUGAAGAUAUCAUUAAACAGAGAAUAAAAGAUCAGGUAUGGGAUGAUGUCGUUCAGAAAGAAAAACCGAAAGAGAAUGCUUUUGAAUACAAGAAGCGUCUCACCUUGGACCACGAUAAGAGCAAAUUGAGUCUUGCUGAGAUAUAUGAGCAGGAAUAUUUGAAAUUGAAUCAGGAAAAGAAAGAAGAGGAGGAGAACCCAAAACAUGUGGAAAUACAGAAACUGAUGGAUUCUCUAUUCUUGAAAUUGGAUGCCCUUUCAAAUUUCCAUUUCAUACCAAAACCGUCUGUACCAGAAAUAAAGGUGGUUUCAAACCUCCCGGCAAUAAGCAUGGAAGAAGUGGCACCCGUGGGUGUUAGUGACGCAGCUCUCCUGGCACCGGAGGAAAUCAAGGAAAAGAACAAGGCUGGAGAUGUGAAGACAGACGCAGAGAAGACCACAACUGACAAAAAGCGUGAGCGGAGAAAAAAGAAAGCAAUGAAAAAGCUAAAAAUAAAGGAAAGAGAAAAGCGGCAGCAGUUGGCACUGAAAACAAGAGAAGAGAAAGGCAAGAAAUACACUAAAGAAGCUGCCGCUGCUGACCUUAAGAAGGUCACUAAAGAAGGAAAAGCUACUGUACUCAAGGAUGAAGGGAAGGAUAAAGCUCUGAAGUCUUCUCAUGCAUUCUUUUCUCAGCUACAGGAUCAAGUCAAAUUACAAGUCAAAGGUGCUAAAAUGGCGCAGAAGAAGUCUAAGAAAGAGAAUGUACUGUCUGCCCAUAAACUUAAACUAUAACACACCAUUGUAAAUUCUUAAGCGAACUUUUUUUUUGUUUGUAAGAAGAGACAGCCAAGCAUAUUUAUAUAGACUGAAAUGUGAUCUCUGAAAGUUGGAUGUAUUAAAUAUCUGUAAAUUCAUACAGAAGUUUUAUAAAAAAUAAAAUCUGUUUGUAAA